CUGCGAACGGUUUCCUGCUGAGCAACCUUUUUCUUCCUUCCUAUACCAGAAAAACUCCUUGGUCGCGACCUAGUCGCGUUUCAUUCCGCCGUCCGUCGACACCUACGCCCACAGGCUCAGUCGUGAUACCGCCGUUGCCUCGCCAUGGAUGCCCGCCCGCACAAGCAGUCUAUGUCGGAGCUCAAGCUCAGGAGGCUCACUGAGCAUAACCAGCGACUAAAGGAGGAUUUGCAUCGACCCAGGAUCCGGGUCAGCGAAGCCAGCAGGAGUUUGAUCGACUACUGCAAGAAUACCAAGGACCCGCUGAUACCGUCGAUAUGGGGCCCCUUGAACAAGGGCGAGGAUCCCUUCGCGCCGCCUGCGACAGGGUGUGCCUGCACCAUCAUGUGAAGCGGCCGACUUCACGCAGACGCCCUGCAGCUCAUCCGCGAGCGGCGUCAUACCCGCCUUCCCCUUCAUACCGUGUCGGCAAUCCUCGCGUAGCGUCCUUCGACGUGACCCGUUCAUCGAGGGCUCUGACUUGCGAAGAGUCAUCCCAGCCUCUCUGCACCACAAACCCCUACGCUCCUUGUUUCUGGCUUAUCAGAAAAUCUCGUUACUUUAUGUUCGAGACGCCACUGUCUAAUCGCUGGGUGGGGACAGAUCCCGGUUCUUGCACACGCGCGUCAGGUUUAUUUGGACGGAGAUGCGGCUGCCAGCGCGUGCCUUUUUAUGGCACCUUCCUUCUGAUAUACAUAAUCGGACGUUUUUAGUAUAUUCAUUUUCUCGGUCUGUCUAUCCGCACAUCCAAGCCUAUCGUCCCUCCCAGCUGCAUAUAGAUCUAACACAAAUUGUGAAUAUCAUCGCUCUGGC